AGUUUUGAAAAUGGGUAUUCAGUUGGAGAAUUUUGUGGAGUCGAUAAAGUCGAAGGUGAGAAAAUUGAAGAAAUUGAAGAAGCCAUAUAUCAAGAUGGACAAAAGUUCGAGUGUCAAGGUUGAGAUUCGCAGCAAGAAAGCUCGUAAGCUUGUCGAGAAAACUCUUCAAGCCGCUGAUCGUCCUGGCAAGCGUAGCCUUUAA